AUGGCCACACCACAGUCGGUUUUGGAUGACAUAGCCGAGUUUAAAAGGUGGAAGACGGUGCAUACGAGGAAGAUGACACUCGUGGAAAACGAGAAUAAAGAAAUGAAAGAGCAAAUUAAGACCCUGGAAUACAAAGUGCUCUGCCUUGAGCAUAAUCCGGAAACCUUUGAGGCUCCCCAACCUCCACCCAGGGUUGACCCUGAUGUGGUUAACAUCAGAAACAGGAGGCGGAGGGCCAGGGCCGCCGCUCGUCGAAGAAGCGACGAGCAGUUGCAGCAAUUGACGGCUGCAACGAACGAAGCCCAGGUGGCGAAGACCGAAGUCAGGGCGGCCACAGACGAAGCAAGGCAGGUUAAAGUGGAGCUUGUUCAGGCCACCACUGCUGGGCUGGCCACAAAAUCUCAGAUGGAAGUAGUUUCUUCUGAUAUGCGUGUAUUGUUAGAACGCAUUCCAGCCCCGAGGGAGGUCGCUGAGUCGGCCCCAUUCGUAGAUCCAACUCCUCCAGGAGUGGCAAACAUCAAUGCCACCAGGAGGAGACUCGAAUUUGGGGAUCCAUCGGUGUCGGGGGAGUCCGUGGCACCAUCCGACACGGAUUCGACGCCGAAGGACGACGCGCCUAAAUCAGCGACAGCUCCAGUCCUCCCCUCGAGUGGCUCCCUCGUUCCAUCUGACACAGAUGAGACCCCACCUGCCUCUUCGUCAUUUGCCGCGCCCACUACGGCCACUGGACCGAUGUUCUCCACCAGUGGUUCAAUCGAUCCGUCAGAUACGGAUUCGACUCCGGCAACCACGAGCUCUUUUGUUGCACCUACGUCGACCAUUUCCGCCCUUUCCACUGCAGCUCCUCUGUCCACCACUGACUCAACUCCACAGUCUUCGGGUCUAUUGAUGUCGUCACCAAAAAAAGUCGGCACGGGCUCCCAAG